AAGGAUAUGCCAUGGAAGAUGGCGAUGAUAUCAACGAGUGAUGUCAGGGUUGAGGAAUGCUUGAAAAUUAAAAUAGGCCAGGCAAAAAAUCUCCCUCCUCGUAGUCAUGGCUCAGUUGGCUGGAGAGAUAUCUACUGUAGAAUCAGUCUAGACCAAGAAGAAAUUUUUCGUACUGCUACUGUAGAGAAAACCUUAGAACCUUUUUUUGGGGAAGAAUAUGAAUGUGAGAUUCCCAGAAAAUUCCGCUUUCUUUCAAUCUACCUUUGUGAUAAAGAACGAGUUGUAAAUACAUGUAAAGAAAAAGUUCUUGGUAAAGUUGCAAUCAAGCGAGAAGAACUCCACAAAUAUCAUGGGAAAGAUCAUUGGUUUCCAUUACUUCCAGUUGAUGCAGAUUCCGAAGUACAGGGCAAGGUUCACAUCCAUGUUAAACUUAACCAGUUUAUGAAAUCAUCAGGAAGUGGGUCAUUUUCUCACAGGUUAUAUGUCCGUGUUAUUGAAUGCAAUGAUCUUACCAUAAUCAAUGGUGCCUGUGACCCAUAUGCUGCUGUCAGUAUUUUUUACAGUUCUAGUAAACAAGAAACUAAAAGGACAAAAGUUCGCAAGAAAACAAUCUGUCCACAGUUUGAUGAAGUUUUUUAUUUUGAUAUUCCAUCAAAGAGUCAUAACCAGGAAAAAGAUGUUUUUAAAAUUUUGGAAGAAGAUAUUGGUAGUGUAGAAUUAAGAGUUUCAGUAAUGCACGAUUCCAGUGGGCUGUUUGGAAGUGUGUUUCUAGGUGAAGUUAAAAUUCCUCUUCAUGGCCUUGACAUUAUUAAAGGUCAUAAUGCUUGGUAUUUCCUCAAACCACGAGACCAUCAUCCUCAACAGAAAAUUGAACUUGGUUCACUUAGACUUAAAAUUUACUAUGUUUCUGACCAUGUAUUUUCUAGUCAGUUUUAUGAUCCAUUAAGGAAUCUUCUGCUUAGUUCUUCCAAGGUGAAGCCAAUUACUUCAAGCACUGCUUAUGUACUAGGUGAGAUUGUUACCAACAAGAUAGAUGCUGCACAACCCUUGGUCAAAAUAUUUAUGCAUCAUGGAGAAAUAGUGGCCUUCAUAAAGGAAUUGGCAGAUUGGGAGAUUUCAAAUGUUAAGGAUCCAAACACAAUUUUUCGAGGGAACACUCUGGUCUCUAAAUGCAUGGAUGAAUUUAUGAAACUAACAGGCAUGCAUUACCUUCAUGAAACACUCCAGAGCACCAUUCAUUAUAUCUGUAUGGACCACAAACCAUGUGAAAUAGAUCCUACAAAAUUACGAGAUGGUGAAAACAUUGAAACAAAUAUGGCCAAUCUAAAAGACUAUGUUCAAAGAACAUUCCGUGCCAUAACCAGUUCAGCACUUGUGUGUCCUCAAAUUAUGUGUGAAGUUUUUGCUGUGCUGAAAGAUUCGGCUACUCUUUGUUUUCCAAGUGUCAGAGAAGUUCGCUACUCAGUGAUCUCAGGAUUCCUCUUCCUCAGGUUUUUUGCACCAGCAAUACUUGGUCCAAAGUUGUUUGACUUAAGUACAGACCCCAUAGAUCCUCAAACACACAGAACUCUAACCCUUGUUUCAAAAACAAUACAGAGCCUAGGUAACCGUGUGAGUUGUAAGUCUCCUCAGCAGUUGUUUAAAGAAGAUUACAUGGUGUCCUUCAAUAAGAGUUUUAUUACAGAGCAUCAUGUGGAGUCUGUUCGAGUGUUUUUGGAGUUGAUAUCAUCGUCUUCUGGUGCCCCCACUCCACUUAAACGAGAGAUACCGCUUAUCCUCAAAGAAGGGAUGAUGAAAAAGAGAGCACAGGGAAGAAAGAAAUUUGGUAUAAAAAAUUUCAAAAUUAGAUAUUUCUGUCUUACUACUACUGAACUGUUCUAUGCCAAAGCUAAAGGUGAACCUCCAUUGUGUCAUAUACCUAUUGACCAUAUAUUAGCAGUUGAGAAGUUGCAGGAGGAAUCUUUUAAAAUGAAAAAUAUGUUUCAAGUAAUCCAACCUGAAAGAGCUUUGUACAUUCAAGCCCGCAACUGUGUUGAAGAGAAAGAAUGGAUUGAUAUAUUGACAAAAGUUUGUCAAAGUAACAAAAACAGACUAAGAGAGUUCCACCCUGCAGCUUUUCUCAAUGGCCAUUGGCUCUGCUGUAAGGCAUCCAGUGAAAGUGCUCCAGGGUGUCAUCCUGUUACUGCUAGUGUUUCGGCAAACAUCCGAGUUCACAUCGACUCAGACAGAGAAGUGGAAAGAAUACAUACAAUUUUUUUCAACCACAUGAAUAUUCUGGAAAAUUUGAUUGAAUCCUGUGAGCAACAGGCUGUCUACACAGGAGAACAGGGUAUGACUCUCCCACCAGGGUUUGUUAUUGAAGACAUUCAGUCUCUGUGGAAAACUCUGAAAGCUGUGAAGAGUUGUGUCAUUACUUUAGAACAAGACCAUAAGCAGCACCUGAGUAACAUGUAUCGUGAAACACAAUAUGGAUCAGAACAAGCUCCAAUUGGAGACGAUAACUAUCUGGUUAUGAUGGCCCAGCAUUGCUGCCCAGGAAAUAACCAUCGGUGAAGAUGAAGAUAUGUAGGUUUACUGUUCAUGUAAAAUAUUAAUAUUGAUCUCAUGAUUUAUGUUUCCUAUGCCAGUGAAUUUUUUCCGUAUAUCACAUUUCAGAGCCAAGUAUCUUGAAUUCAUUCAUUCAUCCAAACUCUUGUGUAUAAGUCAUUGUAUAAAUUUCUUUUUAAGCUGUAUAAUAUCUUUUAAUUUGAGCAUUUAAUGUAUCCUUUCAUAAAAGGAAAGUUUUUGGCUAUUUUAUUUUGUUUUUGAAUUUAAAUGACAAUGGCCUGUUAUAUUAAUAGUUAAUAACUGUGUUUUUGUGUUUAUUUUUAAAAGGUAAAAAUAAUUAGUUGUCUACUUAGGAAUAUAGAUAUAAUUGAAAUUAAAGUUGUUUUAGAAUAAAUGUAAGAAAACUAUGAUUAAUAUAACUGAUAAAAUCCAAUGUUCUCCAAAAUUGUUGAGCACAAUAAUUUAAUUGGUUUUAAUAGUGAGAAAACACUGUACCAGGAUUUAUUGCUUACGUUUUUCAGAAUCACAAAAUUUCUCUUAAAUCACUGAAUGUUAAAAAAAAUAAUGACAAAUGUUCACGUUUAUUUAGUUUUCUAUAUUUGAUUAAAGCAUUGCUUAAUUUUUGUCAUAUAUUGUGUGAUGCUAU